UCUUUUGACUGUAACAGAGCAGAAGACUUAAAAUCAUGUCCGGCAGAGGAAAAGGAGGCAAGGGACUCGGUAAGGGAGGCGCUAAGCGACAUCGCAAGGUUCUCCGUGAUAACAUCCAGGGAAUCACAAAGCCUGCAAUCCGUCGUCUGGCUCGCCGUGGUGGUGUGAAGCGAAUCUCCGGCCUCAUCUACGAGGAGACUCGUGGUGUGCUGAAGGUGUUCCUGGAGAAUGUGAUCCGUGAUGCCGUCACCUACACCGAGCACGCCAAGAGAAAGACCGUGACCGCCAUGGAUGUGGUCUAUGCUCUGAAGCGUCAAGGCCGCACUCUGUACGGCUUCGGCGGUUAAAGAUUUGAUCACACAUUCAAACUGAACCCAAAGGCUCUUUUAAGAGCCACCCAAAUGCUAUACAAAGGCUGUAUCCCAACAUGACACCAACCCGAGAUAGAUACGUAUUGCGCGUGAUAUAGGAUUAUAAUAACUCAACAUCAGUCAAUACAUUUCAUAAGUUCCUUGGUACACAGAGAU